AUCACAUUUUAUUUCCAAAUACACGCAAAAGGCCGGCUUAAUAAGCUCCUCCCCCUGCUCCUAAUUUUUUGGGUUGCCUUCGCCCCAUGCCUCUGCACGACUCCCAUUUAAAUGGGAGCUCGAAGAAACUACAGAUUUCCUUAAGCAUGGAAACAACAAAAUAGUUCAAUUUUUCCUCCUUGACGAAGUCACACAAGUCAUAAAUGUCAUAGACAAUCGGAUGCGUUAAGCCAUUUUCUGUUACAACUGAUUUGACAGUGGUCAUGUGAUUCACUUCCUCCUCGUCAAUUAAUUCCUCGUCAGAUUUAUCGUAAACCGCGGUGCUCGGAGACGAACCUGCCCGUACUCCAUCUCGAGGAGGACAAACGGAAGAAAAAUCCUUGUAGUCUUCCUUGUAUUUGGGCUUUGGUUCGCCACACUUCCCGGGAAAACAGGCGCUCCUUCCCCCCUUCGCUUUCCUCAUAGCUUGCGAGACUUGUCGCAGAUCCUCUUUCCUUCCAGGUUGCUCACCAAUUUCAAACUUGGAGGUGAGAUACUGCCUUACUUUCUCUUAGAAGCGAACAGCGCCACCCUUUGGCUUAUGAAGUGCCCAUCCUUCACUUAAAUUCGACUGGAAAGGUUCGCUACCCUGUCUCUCAAUAACAUUGGUACUGUCGUCUUCUGAAAGGGUAAGGGAUUAGAAUUUUUCAACCCAGGUUAAAUCUAGAGAUUUCAAAGCUGUUCUAGUGUCAAAAAUAAAGGAAAUGACCCAUGAAUUCCAGUGCUCAGUGGAAGGAUAAUUACACCAUCAAGCAGUGAGCCAAUGGCCCUUGUAGCUGUCUAUAAUGGAGAGAUUGUAAGUUGGUUAUGAAAAUUACACUUUUUUUUCUUUUGCUUUGACUUUGUGACGUGGUUUUGUUACAAUUUGAACAGAAACGCGUCACUCUUACGUAAUGUUUUAACGGGAAAUCAAACAGCAUCAUUUUAUUUCCAAGUAGAUAUAUAUUCAGCCGUUCUUAGCCACCAUUUUGCCAGAACAAAGUAUAUGUAUAUGUUAAGAGGGGUCCAAAAAAAAAACAUUUUACUUGUAAAAACCUUUGUGUUUUUUAUAUUUUUGCAUACUUACAAAAAAUUGUAGAGGGUAAAUAAAAAUGAAAAAGAAAAUGUGUCCUGCAUAGCAGUCUUUCAAAUUUCCUUUUAGCCAACAGGGAGUCGUGCAGAGGCAUGGGGCGAAGGCAACCCAAAAAAAUAGGAGCAGGGGGAGGAGCUUAUUUAGCCGGUUUUUUGCAUGUAUUUGUAUAUACAAUGUAAUAAGCGGGGUACAGCAAAAAAUCGGUUUACUUAUAAAACUCUUUGUCGUUGUCGUAUGAAAAAAAAAGUACAGGAAAAUUGCAAAUGAAAAGAAUGGGGUUUAGUGGUAAAAGGUCACACCGAAUCAAGGAAUGAGCUGAAACUAACAUAGUUCACUUGACAAUUGUAUGUCAGGCUUAUAAGCGAAAAACGCUAAAAAUUGUACAUUGCUAGUUUUAUUAACACCUUACGUAAAUGAAAUUGGUUACUGUUACGGAAAAUCAUAUUUUAGAGUCAGCUUUAUAUAAAGCAAUGAUUUUGCGUACAUUCUUGGGAACAGCAAAAAUGAUUUAGAACAAACCUUCUAAGUAUAGUGUUCAUUCCGUGCAACAACGCAUAAAUAAAAAGUUGUGGAAGAAAAGACACCUUAUUUUAUACAACUGAGGACAAGCAAAAAGGUCAUAUGGGUACCUCGCUUAAAAAUAUUUAAAUAACUCUAUUAUUUAACACCAGGCCUAAUUUAAAGGAAAAAGUUAUGAGAAUAAAAUAAAAGUUGUCUGUACCACGAAGCAUGCCUUCACUGUUUAGACUGAGAGUCCUAAGGCUUUGUUAGCAUGUAUUCGAAUAUCUUAUGACGAUAAGUCCGCCACCCACACCACCCUGCUCAGUGCUGUUUUCACUCAGCGGCUGGUCAGCGGUCACGUUUAUGAGGUAAACAUGGCGAUCACUCUGAUCACCGUUCUUGUCGAUCAGAAAAUCAAAAUACCAGCGUGAUAUGGCCUCGAAGGUGAAGCAGUUAUGUUGUUUGAUUCGUACUUCACAUUCGAGUCGAAGCUUGGGUGUCACAGGUUUUUUCCUACGGUGGAAUCGACGAGGGAAAUUCGACCACUAGUUGUAGUGUUUGAAUUGUUGGAAGAAAUGAUCGCAUGGGGAUGCAGGAAUGGUAGGUUUAACGAACAAUUUCAAAUUUUGUUCCUUGAAUUGAAAGUGCAGUUCAUUUGAAUGCUUUCGUUUGUAUUUCUGUCGGUUUUAGAUCUACCUGCUCGAUUUAUAUCUGCUACGCUUCAUGUUGACAAGUCCCUCAAAAUGGCGGCAAAACUUGGAGAUUGCCGAAAAUUAGGUAAGUUCACGGAGUUAUAAAGUUUUAGUAAAGGUCGGGCCGUACAGUUUUUUUCUGUAGUUACCUUUUCUAUGGCACCUACUUCCUAGCUAUAUUAGUUGGAUCAGUUGAGAACGCCUCACUUUUUCAAAAAUAUACCUUGAAUUUGAUCGGUUUUCGCGUGUGUGACUUAAGCGGACCGAUAAGGUGUCGUUCAAGUCUUCCUGUUUGCUUGAUUGAAACGUGAUGUUCACGAAAGUCGCCUCGAUGGAUAAGAUAGAGUUAAUAUACAUGGCUGUGGUAUUUGUUUUUUGCUGAGUCCCGUAGUUUGUUGUAAAUUGUCCGCCAAAGUUGCCUCAAAUUAACGUCUUGAAAAGUGUCACGACAGGCCUUCGCUCGAGUGAAAUUUAAUUUCCGUAAAACUCUGAAAAAUAAAGAGAUCCGAUCAAACGGAUUGUGGUUUUAGUAUAGGUACAUGAAUGUCUUACAACACACAAGAAAUGAGCUAAAUCUGUGUCUCAAGCAAAAUCGACCGGACCGCUCUUACAGAGACACUCUCUUAAACGUCAAAUCUGGUGAAGUUCUAAGUACAAUGGAUGUGAAUGAUUUUGUGACGUGUUUAGCAGCCUGUCCCCUUAAUCGUGUUCUCGCCGUGGGCCUAGAUCACUCAACACCUAACUUCAAAGUUAUCAGAGUGCAUUUGCCGCGAGGUGAAGACAGUAAAAACGGGAAAAGGUGA